AUUUGAUGGCUCGGCAUUCAUUUCUACUAAAAUUGGAAAUACUUUGUGCUUCCAUACAUCAAUUUGUAUAGCUUCAUAUAUAAGAAUUGGAAUCUAUAAAAUAAAUAUAAGAUUGAAAUUGUAAUGUACUGUACAUGUAAUAUGAAUUUACCUUUUUGAAAGAGACAAACCAUUCCUUUACAUUUUCUUCUCGCAAAGCGUUAAUUUCCAAAACAUUUUGUUGAUUCAAUAAUAUUAAUCUUUUAUGAAAUUCUAACCAUCUGAAAUAAUAUAUUUAAUAUUUUAAUUUGUAUAGAGUAUUAUUCAUGAUUGUAUUUCAGAAGCUUUUUUACAAAUUUAAAUUAUUAAGAAUUAUAAGGAAAUUGACCCCUCUGUUCCGAUAUCUUGAAGUUCGGACAUUUGUAAAUUUUGUAUAUAUGAUUCGAUUUCCCAUGGUGAAAUGAUAUAUUCCAUGCGAGUUGACAUUUUUCAGAGAAAGAAAUUAAUGACUUAGAGUCAAAGAAUUAGAUUCUAUAUGAUGUAAUGUCAACCAUUUGUAAACAAAAUUCAGAAUUGGUAUCCUGGGUAAUGUGAUACCACCAUUUGGCUUUUUAUUUUAAUCUUAUAUGUAUGGGAUAGUAAUGCUAUUACUUUCUAUGAGCAUACAGCUUUUAUGUAAUCUAAUGGGACUAAAUAGUAUCAGAUAUAACCUACAACAUAUAUAUACUAUUUGUUUAAAGCUAAAGCAUUUUUACAUUACAAAAAUGUUAAGCAAAAUCAUUGGAGUUUCGUUUUAUAUUUUAGUUAUUUUAAAUACAGUAUUUUUAUAUAUUUCUACAUCUUUUCAAAUAGGGGAAGCCAGUAUUCUUCCAAAUAUGUCACUGAUAAGUAAUAUAGAAUUAAUAAACGUAUCAGAGCAGGUAUUCAAUAAGUCUUCGUAUGAGUUAUUCAGACAUUUGAUUAUUAGAUACCAAGGACAGACGAAUUUAAAGAAUUUUACUGAUGUUGCUCCUGAAAGGUUGUUAUAUGUAUCACCCAGAAUUCCUUGGACAGAAACAACAAAAUCUUUUAUGAAGUUGCUGGAUAAUUAUGAAUUAGAUACUUACCAGCCAGAAAUUAUAACAAAAGAUGAAGAUAUAGAAGAAAAUGAAUUUAUUAAUAAUUUAAUGAAAGCAGAUGUUAUAUUACAUGUUAUGAAUUUUUUAUCAGUCAAAGGUUUUUUUGAAAAUAAUUCACUAAUUUAUAAAAACAUUUUGAAAGAAAUUUGGUUUCAUUUAUAUUCUCGAAGUAAGGGAAUAAAUGGUAGUUCUGGUUUUGAACAUGUAUUUGUAGGAGAAAGGAAACCGCGCAAAGGUAUUACAGGACUUCAUAACUGGAUAUCUUUUUCUUCUGGGGAGUUGUUAAACACAAUAAAUUAUUUUGGGUUUUCCCAUAAUAUGGAAUUGAGUGAUAAGAUGGGUAUUUUAGAAACAUAUUUUACUUAUGGCAAUAAACGUAAAAUGUCAACUAUAUUCAUUGGUACAACACCAGAAUUAGAAGUAGCACUGUAUACACUUUGUUUCUUUGCAAGACCAAAUAAAAGAUGUAAUGUCUCCUUUACUAAGUUUAAAUUUAGUAUUCAGACAUAUGUAUUGCAUAGUAAUAACAAAAAAUUCGUUGCAAGUGCUUUUCCUAUUAUAGGAAAAAGAUGAAUAAAAUGAACUGUUACAAAAUAAAAUGCAGAACAAUUCAUUACAAUGACAAAAUACGACAUGUAUUUCUAAAAAUAAGUAGCUGAGAAUUUAUAAGAUAGAAAAAUUGAGAAUAUA